AUGGCCGAAUCACAGAUGCAGUUAGAGGAUUGGCUGGACGACCUCUGCGUCCGCUUCAUCAUCAACCUCCCGCAGGAGGAUCUCUCCUCCGUCGCGCGGAUAUGCUUCCAAGUCGAGGAAGCUCAGUGGUUCUACGAGGAUUUUAUUCGUCCACUCGACCCGACCCUGCCGUCCAUGACGCUGCGCACCUUUUGCCUUCGCAUCUUCCAGCACUGCCCUUUGUUGGCCAACUUCUCUGUCGAAAACCACACCAAGGCAUUUGAAGAGUUCCUCGAAUACAAGACCCGAGUUCCGGUUCGGGGUGCUAUCUUGUUGAAUGAGGCUAUGGACUCGACUGUGCUGGUCAAGGGAUGGAAGAAGGGCGCCAACUGGAGUUUUCCACGAGGCAAGAUCAACAAGGAUGAGGAUGAUCUUGACUGCGCUGUUCGAGAAGUCUACGAAGAGACAGGUUUGGACCUACGAGCCGCUGGGUUGGUGCCUACCGAUCAUAGACCCAAGUACAUCGAGAUUGCGAUGCGCGAACAGCAUAUGAGGCUCUACGUCUUUCGCAAUGUCCCGAUGGACACCAAGUUCGAACCGAAAACCAGGAAGGAGAUCAGCAAGAUUCAAUGGUACAACCUGUCCGAGUUACCUGCUUUCCGCCGGAAGAACAACCAACAGCAGGACACGGCUGCUAUUCCCAACGCCAACAAGUUCUACAUGGUUGCUCCGUUUUUGGUGCCCUUGAAGAAAUGGGUCGUCUCGCAGAAGAAGAUUGAUGCGAGAAAAGCGGCCAGUGGCUCUCACCCUCACCGAGCUAUUGACGAAGCUCAUCUUGAGGACGAUGCAUGGAAGACCGACACCGGUGCCGAAACUGCCGACCAGGCGCCAGCCAUAGACACACAUCAAGGUGCUGAACAGGAGCUUCAUCGGCUGCUGAAGAUACAGCAACCCACUCAGGGCUUGCAGGCACCUACAGCUCCUACUCAACAGGAUAAAGGCAGUGCUCUCCUAUCUAUUCUUCAGGCUAAGGGCGGACAUGCAGACGCCGUGCCGCAGCUAGGGGCUUACCAACCCCAUACUCCUCUGGACAUGACGGCUGGUGAGGCACCUCAACCUCGGACACCCCAUCAUCAUAACCAUCACCAUAUGCCUUCUAUCACCACUCAGCAACCGCCUCCCUCGUUCCCUUACUCGCCUAGCCAGGUCGCCCGGUGGAAUAUGCCCCCGCCACAGCAAGCGAGAAACGAACAGCCGUUUAACCAACAAUAUCCUAUCCCUGAGGGGCAGUACAAGAGCAACCAAGCUCCUUUGGUACAUCCCCAGCCACUUCCUCCUCAGGUGGAAAGGUCUGUUUUCAACAGGAGCGUAUUCCAAGAGAGCAAUCAGCCCAACUAUCCCGGUGCUCCUGUGCCAUUCAACAACCCACAGACAGGACAGUAUGGAUAUUCCAGCCAUGCAUCACAAGCCCCGAUUCCUGUAGAGCCUCCAAGACAACCCCAGUUGAACGGACAGUCGAUGGCGCUUCUGAACGCCUUCAAAGGUGCAAACGCCUCAGCUCAGCUCAAAGAGAACAUCCAACAACCUCAAAUGCCCAACCCCGGCUACCAGGGCCAGAAUCCAGCACCUGCUUACAGCAACUUUGGCGGACCGCAGAUACCUCCACAAGUCCCCCCGCAUACAGCUGGUAUCCUAGGUGGCUACAAUCGCUCUCAACCAAGUCCCAAGGAACUUCCCGGCUCCAAAGUUGGACCACCUGCUGAUAACCACCGAAACGCUCUCCUCGGCAUGUUUCGCAAGGAGGAUCAGGCCCAGCCACAGGCCCAGGUGCCCCAACCUGGCGGUCAGCCUGCUUCUGUAAACCUGCUGAACGAAUUGUUCCGUUCAGCAGGUGGAGAUGCUCGGCAGGCUCAAGUUUCCUCGCGAGCCAGCGCAGACACUAACCCGUCGAUUUCUCUGGAAGCAUUGUCUAUCCACCCUCGGCCUUCUGAAUCUGGUACCCCUGGGUCUCAAGGAAGGGCAGAUUAUGGGCAGCAACACGGCCCUCUUCCCCAAGGGCCGGCUACCUCUCAGCCCGCCCAGCCUAUCCGUAUUCUUCAGCGAGGCCAGAAUGACCAGUUCCUGCGUGUUUGCGGACCCUCGACAGCAUCUCCACAAACUUCACAGGCGUCGCCCAGUGGUCUUGCUGGUCACCUGCAGCCUGUGCCGGCGGGAGCCAGCCCCGGAGUCACACCGUCGUUCCCCGCGCUCAAGCAACGUCGUGAGUCUGGGCCUGACCAGAAACGACAACUUCUAUCUCUCUUUGGAAAACAACCAUCCCCUGCCAGCUUGGAGGCAGCUAAAGGAAAGGAGGUCAUCGCGGGAACACCGAGGUCUCGUCUUGCUUCUUUGGCUUCUGGCGCCGGCGAACCGGGGCUUGGAAACCUGCCCCCUUCUCGCCGCGGCAGCCAGACACCAAUUUCACCCGCGGAGCGCACCUUUUUGCUAGACUACUUGCAGUCUGUUACCAACAGCGCCAACCGGUGA